CCCUACUCCAGUACCCCUCGCUUCCUUGCCUUCCCCGUCGUUACCUCUACCCAUUUCUCGCCGUCUUUCUUCAUCACAAUCGGACAAGAUCAACCUCAUACCAUCGAGAAUGGCACCAAAGAUCCCAACCAGAGCCGCUCAAUUACGCCAACUGCUUACCAGACCGGGCCCAGUACUCAUGGUCGGUGCGCAUGAUGCGCUUUCCGCACGUAUUGCCGAGCGCACAGGCUUCGAUGCCAUCUGGGCCAGCGGCUUCGGCAUCUCUGCGACCCACGCCCUGCCGGACGCGAACAUUCUGACCAUGAGCGAGACCCUCGAGGCAGCGCAACGCAUGGCCGAGGCCGUCGCCUGCCCCGUCAUCGCGGACUGCGACAACGGGUUUGGCAAUGCGAUCAACGCGAUGCGCACCGUCACCCAAUGCGAGCGCGCGGGCUUAGCAGGGGUAUGCAUCGAGGAUAACAUCUUCCCGAAACGGUGCAGUUUCUACGAGGGGGUGCAGCGCGAACUGACAGCCCUGCACGAGCAUGCGCUCAAGAUCCAGGCCGCCGUGGACGCGCGGACGGAUCCCGACUUCGUGGUCAUCGCCCGCACGGAGGCGUUCAUUGCUGGGCGGACAAAGCGCGAAGCCCUGGAGCGCGCGCGGGCGUACGCAGACGCGGGCGCCGACGCCGUGCUCGUGCAUUCCAAGUCGGACUCAUUCAAGGAGUUGAGGGAGUUCGCGGCGGCGUGGGACCGCUCGUCGUCUUGUGUGCUUGUUGCGGUUCCAACGACUUAUGAGGGUAUCUCGGCGGGUGAGCUGUUUGAUGCCGGGUUUAAAGUGGUUAUCUUCGCGAAUCAGGCGCUUCGAGCUGCGGUGAGGGCUAUGCAGGAUGCGAUGGUGGUGCUUCGGAGAGAGGUGCGUCCGGCUGCUGUGCGGGACUCGAUUGCGUCGUUGUCGGAGAUUUAUGGGCUUGUUGGGGUUAAUGAGCUGAAGGAGAGCGAGAAGCGGUUUCUACCGCGGCCUGCCUCUUCCCCAGUAACGAAUUGCGACGAGAACAACCAUCAUGAGGAGCUGGCAGGCGAUAAAAGACAGGUGAUUUCAAAGCUUUGAGCUUUUACUUUGCACAGUAUCGAGCUCGAGCGAAGUCCGUUCCUUUGAUGUCUCUUGUACAUACCUUACUAGACCGUCUGGCUCCUAGAUUCAGUUGGACUCAAUGAUAU